AUGGCUGAGACAGAGAGCCUUUCACCCUUUGGCAAGGCCAGAGCUACUGUGACCGACCAGCCUCUCAGCAAGGAUGAGGUCGACAAGAUCAAUCGCUACUUCCAUGCCAGCAUGUACUUGUGCUUGGGUAUGCUCUACCUCAGAGAGAACCCUCUUCUCCAGGAACCUCUCAAGGUUGAGCACAUCAAGCCUCGUCUUCUCGGACAUUGGGGCUCUGAUGCUGGUCAAUCUUUCACAUACAUUCACAUGAACCGCUUGAUCAAGAAGUACGACCUUGAUGCCUUCUUUGUUUCUGGUCCUGGUCAUGGUGCUCCUGCUGUCAUUUCCAACUCCUACCUCGAAGGAGUUUACUCCGAAGUCUACCCAGCCAAGUCUCAGGACGCCGAGGGCAUGCAGCGCUUCUUCAAGCAGUUCUCCUUCCCAGGAGGAAUUGGCAGUCACGCAACUCCAGAGACUCCUGGCAGUAUCCACGAGGGUGGAGAGCUUGGAUAUAGCAUCUCGCACGCCUUUGGUGCUGUGUUUGAUAAUCCCGACUUGAUCGCUUUGACCAUGGUUGGAGAUGGUGAAGCCGAGACUGGUCCUUUGGCAACCAGCUGGCACAGCACUAAAUUCCUGAACCCCAUCUGCGAUGGUGCAGUCUUGCCCGUCCUUCACCUGAACGGAUACAAGAUCAACAACCCCACCGUCCUCUCAAGAAUCAGCCACGAUGAGCUAAAGGCUUUGUUUGUCGGUUAUGGUUGGGAGCCUUACUUUGUCGAAGGCUCUGACCUCGACUCUAUGCACCAAGCAAUGGCUGCCACUCUGGAAAGAGCUGUCACCGAGAUCAAGGCCAUCCAGAAGAAGGCUAGAGAGUCUGGCAAGGCUGAGCGUCCCAGAUGGCCAAUGAUUGUCCUCAGAACACCCAAGGGCUGGACUGGUCCUCGUACCGUUGAUGGUCACUUCCUCGAAGGUUACUGGAGAGCUCAUCAGAUCCCCCUUACCAACGUUCUCAAAGACAACGACCAGCUCGCUCUGCUCGAGAAGUGGAUGCGCAGCUAUGAGCCUGAGAAGCUGUUCAAGGACGGCAAAUUCAUCGACGAGCUUCGUGAGCUCGCCCCUAAGGGUAACCGCCGUAUGAGUGCCAACCCCGUCACCAACGGUGGUCUCCUGCGUGCCAACCUCAAGGUUCCCGAUUUCAAGAAAUUCGCACACAAGGUGAACAAGCCAGCCGCUGAACAAGCGCCUAGUAUGAACCUGUUCGCAGAAUUCUUGACCCAGGUCGUCAAGGCCAACCCCACCAACUUCCGUCUGUUCGGCCCCGACGAGACACAGUCCAACAAGCUUGGCGCUGUUUACGAUGUUACCAAGAAGGUCUGGAUGGCCGACUACUUCGAAGAAGACAAGGAUGACGGCAACCUUGCACCUUCUGGCAGAGUCAUGGAGAUUCUCAGUGAGCACACCGUUGAGGGUUGGCUGGAAGGUUACCUGUUGACUGGUCGCCACGGUCUGCUCAACAGCUACGAACCUUUCAUUCACAUCAUCGACUCCAUGGUCAACCAGCACGCAAAGUGGCUCGAGAAGUGUCACGAGGUUUCUUGGAGACAGGAAGUUGCUUCGCUCAACAUCCUGCUUACCUCCACCGUUUGGCGCCAGGACCACAAUGGCUUCACUCACCAGGACCCUGGUUUCCUCGAUGUUGUUGCCAACAAGUCGCCUGAGGUUGUUCGCAUCUACCUUCCUCCCGAUGCCAACUGCCUGCUCAGCACCAUGAACCACUGUCUCAAGUCAUCCAACUAUGUCAACGUUAUUGUUGCCGACAAGCAGAACCACCUUCAGUAUUUGAACAUGGAGGACGCUGUCAACCACUGUUCCAAGGGUCUUGGCAUUUGGCAGUGGGCUUCAAACAGCGAGCACCAAGAACCUGACAUGGUCAUGGCCAGUUGUGGUGAUGUCAGCACACAAGAGGCUCUUGCUGCCACGGCUUUACUUCGGGAGUACCUUCCGGAAAUUAAGGUUCGCUUCGUGAACGUCGUCGACCUUUUCAAGCUUCAACCUCACGGCUACCACCCCCACGGCCUCAAAGACGAUGAAUACGAAGCCAUCUUCACUUCCGACAAGCCUAUAAUCUUCAAUUUCCACAGUUAUCCUUGGUUAGUCCAUAGAAUGACGUACAAAAGAAAGGGUCAGCACUUGCUACGCGUGCGCGGGUACAAGGAGAAGGGUAACAUUGACACCCCCCUCGAGCUGGCCAUCAGAAACGAGACCGAUCGCUACAGUUUGGCCAUUCUUGCCAUCGACAGUCUCAAGUCUGUUCUAGGUAACAAGGGCUCGUCGACUCGUGAGUACCUGCUCAACAAGCGUACUACCGCUAUGAACUACGCCUACGAGACCGGUCAGGACCCUGAUGACUUUGUCAACUGGACCUGGAACUACUAG